AUGAAGGAGAAACUGCCGGCUGCUCUAGAAAUUCUAGCGGAUGACUUUUUUACUGUCGUUCAUUGUGUUCAUUUCCAGGAGGAGAUCGAGACACAAAAGCAGCAACACGAGGCCAGAGUCAUGUCUAUCCGAACGGAGGAGAAGCAGAAGAUGGACAAGAUGGCAGACGAUCUGGACCAGAAGUGGAGAGACGCGCUCAGAGAGGAGGUGCGUCUGCUGAAAGAUGAGUUGAACGAGGAGUAUGAGGCGGACAAACAGGCCGCGCUGAACCAGCUCUCGCAGCAGAAGGAACUGGACCUGAUGGCAGCGAGGGAGAACUGGCAACGCAAGGUGGAGGAUCUACUGGAGCAGAUCUCGUUGCUGAAGCAGAGUCUGGAGCUCCAGUUGUCCCAGUCUCAGGCCGCGCUACAGCAGCUGCAAUCUCAGUUCAGCCAGGAGAGGGAGCAUCUCACACAGCAGCUCAAAGAGCUGCAGAGGGAGCACCAGAGGAGAGAGCACCGGCUGCAGGAGGCUCACUGCUGCGCCCUCAGUACCAUGGAGGAGGCCCGGCAGCACCAGAUCAGGGCGUUGGAGGAGCGGCUGAAGCAGGAGCAGAGGGAGGAGGUGCAUGCGCUGAAGGAGGCGCACAGACGGACACUGGACAUCCUCCGGCAACAGUCCGACCAGGAGCUGCAGACUCUGCGCUUCGAGCUGGAGGACGAGGGCAAAGCCAAACUGGCCUCUCUUCGCGCUGAGCUGAACCACAUUCACGCCACGGCCAUCGAGCACCUGAAGCAGAUCCACCUGAAGGAGCACACAGUGGCCAAACGAGAGCUGGAGAAGGCCAUUGAGCACAGCCGACAACAGGUUACAACCGCUCAUUAUAUUGAGCAGGAGCUGGUGAUGCGCCUCACCGAGAUGCAGUCUGAGGUGUGUUCCCGUAGCAACCGCAUCACGGACCUGGACCACGAGAUCCACUCCCUGAACGAGACCAUCGACACGCUGACCCGGGAGCUGGAGCACAAGGGCAAAGAGGUGCUGAGGGUGCGGAGCGAGGCUAACCACCAGAUCAGUGCCAUGGCUAACAGAAGCAUGGCUAGCCAGAGCGACAUAACCCGCGUUAUUGCUUUGCUAGAGAAAUGGAGAGAGGCUGAGAGACAGCAUACAGCAUCAGAGACGUCCUGGCAGCUGCAGCAGCAGUCCAAUGGCGCUGAUGAUAGUGGGACAGCACUGCCCUGGAAAGAGGCUGAGGCAGUUUGGCUCGAGAAAGAUCGUUUUCUAAUGCAGCGAGGGGAUGAGUUGCUUGUGUCCACUCAGGAAACUUUGGAGGCAGGAGACUGUCCAGAUCUAAAUGAGCUCCAAGAGCACUUCUGUGAGAGGUUGCUUCACUUGGAGGUGCGAAAUGGUCUUUGGCUUCAGAAGGACGCCUGGUACAAAAGGGAAAAACUUAUACAGAAGGAGCUCAAGUUCCAGAAGGCCAGGAAUUAUCUCUUGAAUAAGCAAUAUGCAGACUUUCGCGAUAGAUGGGGAAGUUUCAUUACAAAUGGACCGGCACAAAGCAGCCGGGUGCAGCAGGAAACAGAGGUGAACUUGCUGCAGAGUCCAGAGGUAAGUUCUGAGGAUGGACUUGAAGCAGAACAUCCCGUUGAGAAUAGGCCGGCACAAAACAGCCGGAUGCAGCAGGAAACAGAGGUGAACUUGCUGCAGAGUCCAGAGGCGCAGCAGGAAACAGAGGUGAACUUGCUGCAGAGUCCAGAGGUAAGUUCUGAGGAUGGACUAAAAGCAGAACCUUCCAACAUUCAAGAAUCUGUUUCGGAGCAGAGACUCGAGAACAUGGAGCGCGAGAACAUGGAGCGCGAGAACGUGGAGCGCGAGAACAUGGAGCGCGAGAACAUGGAGCGCGAGAAAAAUAUUUGCUCCUGA